AUGGAGGCCAAAGUAGAGAGUGCUUUCCCGGAUCGACCUCAAUUUCAAGGGUUUAUGAAACCAUGUCGAAUGGAAGGGGAGAUCCAGGCACUGGAAAUUCAUGGCAAUAUCCCCAAGGACAUCGAUGGGACAUUCUAUCGAGUGAUGCCCGAUCCGCAGCUUCCUCCAUUUGUUCAAGAUGAUCCGUGGUUCAAUGGCGAUGGUAACAUCGCCGCCUUUACGAUCAAAGAUGGGAGUGUGUCAUUCCGUCAACGAUAUGUGCGGACCGAAAAAUUCACUCGUGAACGAGAAGCGAAACGGGCUCUUCUCGGUAUGCUCCCUUUAUUCACUUUAAACCAAUGUUUUAUACUCAACAAAUGUCUAACAUUUCGAAACUAUCUAGGCAAAUACCGCAACAAAUUCACCGAUGCCGUUGAAUUCAAGAUCCGCUCAACAGCCAACACCAACGUGGUAUACUUCAACGGGCAGCUCCUAGCUCUCAAAGAAGAUGCUCCCCAUACGCACUCGAUCUUGCCACCUUGGAAACCAAAGGGGCAACUCCCGAGUCUGACAUUUACCGCGCAUCCCAAGUUCGAUCCGAAGACUGGAGAGAUGGUCUGCUUUGGCUACGAGGCGAAAGGAGAUGGGACUCCAGAUGUAUGUUACUAUAGCGUCAGUCCGGACGGCAAGUUCACCGAAGUGGUCUGCGACGUUGAGAGAAUGAAACAAGGCGGCGAGCAUUGGCAAUGGAGCCCAGAGACACCAUUCUAUCUUGGCGUGUUGCCCCGUCGAGGAGCGAAGCCAACGGACGUCAAAUGGUUCGAAUACAAAAACUCCUUCCCAGGACACACCGUCAACGCCUAUGAGGACAAGAACGGAAACAUCUCGCUGGACUUGGGUCUAAGCGACAAAAAUGUCUUCUUCUGGUGGCCAGACGCCCAAGGAAACGCACCAGAACCAAGCUCCAUCCUCUCCCAACUAGUUCGAUUCACCUUCGACCCUACAUCAAAGGAGCUGAACCUGCCCAGCCCACAGCUCCUCCAAAAGGAUAAUACCGAAUUCUACCGCAUCGAUGACCGCUUCGCCACAAAACCCCACCGACACUGCUUCAUGGACCUCAUGGAUCCCAGUCUGGGAACUGAUUUCCAGGCCAUCGGCCCGCGACUCGGUGGUGGCUAUCCUUUGUACAAUAGUCUUGCGCACUUGGACGUUAUCACGGGGAAGACGGAAAUUUACUUUCCUGGUAAGACGCAUAUGGUGCAGGAACCUGUGUUUAUUCCUCGUAGGGGGUCGGAGAUCGAGGGGGAUGGGUAUUUGUUGGCUUUGGUGAAUAAUUACGAUACUAUGUCUAGUGAGCUGCAUAUGUUGGAUACAAAGGAUUUUACGAGGGUACAGGCCAUUGUGUUGUUGCCGAUUCGGCUGAGACAGGGGUUGCAUGGGAAUUGGGUUGAUGCGUUGGAUCUGAAGGCGGCUGUUUGA